AUGACUUUAUUUACUUCAUCGCAACCACCCAUUUCUGUUCCUGAUAUCGACAUUUAUAACUUUCUGUUUCAACCGAAUAUAUAUAAUACAGUCCGGAGACAUGAUCAGCCAUUACUUAUUGACGGGUUAAGUGGUAAAUCUAUAUCGUUUCAAGAAGCACAGACAUUAUCAAGUCAACUCGCGAGAGGUUGGAAAGAGAAUGUCGGCUUGACAAAGGGUGAUGUGGUCGCCGUAUUCGCACCUAAUCAAUAUGAUCAUGCUGUACUAUACCUCUCCCUUCUGGCGGCUCAAUGUACUAUUACUCCCGGCAAUCCAAACUAUACUGAAGCCGAAUUCAACUAUCAAAUACAAAAAACCAAAGCUAAAGCUCUUGUUACCGUUCCAAGCCUUUUACCCAUUUUAUGCAAAGUGGCAGCCAAUAAUGGCAUUCCUCCAGAAAGAAUCUACCUUUUUGGCGAGGAAGCGGUUGGCAGCAUUCAGCCUUUGAAAUCCUUGGCUGCACGCCAUAGAAACAAACCCUUACUGUUCCCUCCCAAGGGUGACAUCAACCCUGCUGAAGAUACUGCGUUUAUAUGCUUUUCAAGUGGUACUACGGGCAUUGCUAAAGGCGUAAUGCUAACUCACCGUAAUUUUGUAUCGCAGAUGAUUCUGGUUUCUAGUUAUGAAGAGAUUAAUCCCCACGAAGCGGCCGAUGUAUAUAUUGGAUUUCUUCCUUUUUAUCAUAUCUUCGGUUUGACUACGCUUGUUUUACGAGCAUUUUACACAAAUACACAAGUUGUCGUUGUACCUAAAUAUGAGUUGGAGCUCGUUUGUCGAUUGAUUGAGAAGUAUAAAGCAACAGUGUGUGCAUUAGUGCCUCCUGUAGCUGUGCAUCUGGCUAAGAAUGAAGCUGUUUUGAAAUAUGACCUCUCUUCUUUGAAAAUGAUUACUAGUGGUGCUGCACCUUUGAGUUCCGAACACAUUGAAGCGCUUAAUCUACGAGUAAAGGCUCCUGUCAGACAAGGAUAUGGUUUGACCGAAACUACAGCUGGUUGCAUAUAUCAGAAAGUGGGUGUCAGCUUAUCAGGAUCAUCUGGGGUUCUACUAGCUAAUAUGGAAUGCAAGAUUGUGGAUGUCGAGACAGGAAAUGAAGUUGGACCAGAUCAACCUGGAGAAAUACUUUUGAAAGGUCCUGUCAUUAUGAAGGGUUAUCUGGAUGAUGUUGAUGCUAAUAACAAAACGUUUACUGACGACGGAUUCCUUCGUACGGGCGACGUUGCUAUUUUUAACUCCAAAUCGAAAGAGUUCUAUAUCAUCGAUCGAAUUAAGGAGCUAAUCAAAUAUAAAGGCUUUCAAGUAGCUCCCGCUGAGCUAGAAGCCUUAAUUAUGAGCCAUGAGAGCAUAGCAGAUUGUUGUGUAGUAGGUGUUUAUGAUGCAACUCAAGCAACAGAGCUUCCUCGAGCAUAUAUUGUUCCUCAACCAUCCGUGCCUCGAAAUAAUGACACCAUUCGUAUAAUAACUGAUUUUGUAAACAGUAACGUAGCUAAUCAUAAAAAACUAAGAGGUGGUGUACGAAUCAUUGAUCAAGUGCCGAAAAGUGCAAGUGGCAAGAUCUUAAGACGAGAAGUCAAAGAAUGGAUCAGGAAAGAACAAAUAUCAGCAAACAGAGCUCGCCUGUAG